AGCUAAGUAGUUUUUUUUUUUAAAGAAAUUGUGAGUGUCUUUACCUGCAUGGAGGCAGUGGGUCAUGUAACGUUAUGCAAAACAGCAGCAGAGGUUAAGUGUUGAGAAACAAAACGGAAAAACAAAAGCCCCCCAUCCCUUUUCUCGGGGUUUUGUUUUCCAUGUCAGCAGGCAGCCAGGCUCCAUUUACGGGUGUUGGAUUUUUAUUAUGUAUUUGAAAAGGAAAAAUGCAAAUUGUGGAAGGAGGUGUUCCACUUUCUGCCCUGGUCUCUCCAAGCUUUUCCUAUGAUGUCACGGGGAGGGAGGGCUUUAAAGUUUUUGGGUGAUUUACGGCCUCCUGGGGAGCUGCAGGGCGGGUCUACAGUGAUGUAAACACGGAUAAAAAGGGGCCUCACUGCCGGUCGGGGGUCAGUCUGGAAGAGUUAACUUACACUACACCACGUGUUGGCGUUGCUGCUGUUGGGAAUUACCACUUACUGAGACGGAGCUGCUUUAACCCCACUACUGGCUCACUUUGUCUGGAUUUAAACUGCGCUACCUCUCUGAUUUCGAUUGUGUUGUAUCUUCUCCCAGAUCUGCAAGCAAAGAUGUUGCAAAGCUUCUCUCAAUCGCAAGACUGGCUUUACUCUGAACCGCUGCUGUUUGACGAUGAUUUCUGCCAGAGUUUGAUGAAGGACCUCCAGUCGCUGCCUACACCCCCUCAGUCCCCCCCAACUAAUGCUGGGCAGGGCGGCAGUAAGCCACUAUCCAAGGAGGACCAGCUGAGCUAUGUAUCGGACAUCCUGCUGGAGGACCACGACAUGCAGCUCACCUGGAACUGCGACUUCUUCCACUCAGAUGCUGCUGAGAAGGACGACGAGCCCAGCCAGCGCUGCUCCCCCCAGGAGGAGAGUGGCGAGGACUGCCUGUGGCGGUGCCUGGCCGGGGACAAGAGCCUGGAGGAGAAGCUGGUCUCCUCCAUGCUCGGCUCCAGCCCACUGCUGUCUGAGAUCCACACCAGCAUAUUUGAGGAGAUUGCGGGCUCCACGCUGGACUGCCAAAACCUGAUGGAAACUCAGGAGUCCAGCGAGGCCACAUCAGACUAUGGGUCAACCGGUGGCGAGCUGUCCACCUAUUCAUCCAGUGACUCUGAGGAGGAGAUUGAUGUGGUAACUGUGGUGCGCUGUUCCUCCAGCCCCUCCCCCCGGCCCUCAUUGGCUGACCUGUCUGUCCGGCGGCAGAAGCAGGAAGAGGAGAAGCGAGCUCUCCAGCGUCACCACUUUGAGAUCCAGCUGCAACACAACUACGCUGCACCGUGUCCCGCCUCCCCGCCACCUUCAUCCUCUUCAUCUUCAAACAAGCGCUCAAGAGGCAGCGACAGCUCACCGCGCUUCCACCACUCUUCUCGCAGCUCUUCUUCUUCAUCAUCAUCACGGUACCACCACCACCACCACCACUCGUCCCGAAACUCAACAGAGACGGAGGAUGAGGAGGAGCGGCGGCGGACACACAACGUGAUGGAGCGCCAGCGGCGCAACGAGCUCAAGAACUGCUUUGUGCACCUGCGCGACAACGUGCCGGAGCUGUCGCACAAUGACAAGGCGUCCAAGGUGGUGAUCUUGAAGAAGGCCCGAGACUGCAUCUACGGCCUGGAGGAGGAGAGCCACAGACUGCAGUCCAAGAGGGACAAACUCCGAGCUAAACAGGAAGAGCUGAAAGCCAGGCUGUCGCAGCUUCGCAGCUAAUAGUGCAGGAGCGAACCAUGGGCUCGGGAUUGGGGGGGGGGAGAGAGACUUUGUACAAAGACAAAUGGUUGAGCGGGGUUAAAGGAUGGCGUGUCAUGCUGCGCACAAAGUUGGACAUUUCAAAGACUUUGUUGUAAUGAUAUUUGGACAUUACUCAAACAACAUACUCAUUGCCUCAGAAUUGAUCAUUCUCAUGCCUUGACUGCUGACUGUUGUAGAAAGUAGGAUGUUUUUUAAAGUUGAAAUGAGGGAGGAAUUGGGCAGAUUUCUAGUUUUUAAAGCUUUGCUGAAUGCACACUGAAA